CUGGGGGCCGUUUGGAGGAGGGAGUCUGAAGUGAGGAGGAGGCGCCAGUAAUGGAUCUGUGAGCGUGUGUGUCCUCUGUUAGUGUGGUACCUGGACGACAGCACAAGGUGGAUCCGUACUCUGAAAUGCAGUAAACUGGAUGUGAAUUCGUCUUCCUUCUUGCAAGAGAGGAUUCUAAUAACUUCGUGUCAAAGCCAAGAUACAGAUUCAACCUCAUCUCGUCUAAAAGCUUUGUGUUACAACAUGGAAGCCAUCGCCAAGUUUGAUUUCACCGCCACAGGUGAGGAUGAACUGAGCUUUCACACUGGCGAUGUUCUGAAGAUCUUGAGUAAUCAAGAGGAAUGGUUCAAGGCAGAGCUUGGGAGCCAAGAAGGAUAUGUGCCCAAGAAUUUUAUAGACAUCCAGUUUCCUGAAUGGUUUCACGAAGGCCUCUCACGGCACCAGGCAGAGAACUCACUCAUGGGCAAGGAGGUUGGUUUCUUCAUAAUCCGGGCCAGCCAGAGCUCGCCAGGGGACUUCUCCAUCUCCGUCAGGCACGAGGAUGAUGUUCAGCACUUCAAGGUCAUGAGGGACAACAAGGGUAAUUACUUCCUGUGGACGGAGAAGUUUCCAUCCCUCAAUAAGCUGGUGGACUACUACAGGACGACUUCCAUCUCCAAACAGAAGCAGAUCUUCCUGAGGGAUAGAACCCAAGAGGAUCAGGGUCGCCGGGGCAACAGCCUGGACCGGAGACCCCCAGGAGGCCCACACCUCAGUGGGGCUGCAGGAGAAGAAAUCCGGCCUUUGAUGAACCGCAAGCUGUCAGACCACCCACCGCCGCCGGCUCCCUCGCAGUACCCCCCCGCCCCCCCACCGGCACAGCAGCGGUACCUGCAGCAUCACCAUUUUCAUCAGGAACGCCGUGGAGGCAGCCUUGACAUAAAUGACGGACACUGUGGCAUGGGCAUGGUCAGUGAAAUGAAUGCCACCCUCAUGCACCGGAGACACACAGACCCAGUACAACUCCAAGUGGCCGGGCGGGUGCGGUGGGCCCGGGCGCUGUAUGACUUUGAGGCCCUCGAGGAUGACGAGCUAGGAUUCCGCUGUGGAGAGGUGGUCGAGGUCUUGGACAGCUCCAACCCAUCCUGGUGGACGGGCCGCCUACACAACAAACUGGGCCUCUUCCCUGCCAACUACGUGGCCCCCAUGAUCCGAUGAAGCCCCUCUGGAGGGGUCAGAGGCAUUCGUCUGAAGCUGCCUGCAGAAAGGGAGCAAGGAAGAAAAGCUGGAACUACAUCUGCAUACAUGUGUGUAUACUGUACACUGUAUAUGCCUAUGUAUGGACACAUUUUAUACUAGUAAUUUAUUGGCAAUUUAGUUGGUAAAUAGGUUGAUAUGAAAGGAACUCAGGUAGAGGACUAUAUGCCUACUAGUUUUUAUACUCCCCACAGCGGGUGUGCAGAAGGUGGUGGGGAGUUGGGAGUGGAGGGCAAAGAAAUGAAACUGAAAUUCUUCCCGUCCUUAAGAUGAUGCCACUUCCUCCUCGUCUUGGGAAUUUUCACUGAGGAGCCUGGCAGAGACCCGCACUGUGGCGUGGGUAGUCAGCAGGGUGGAGUCGGACUUGGUGGGGCAUGUCCUGCUUACCUGCAAGCCCCACUCGCCUGGAGGGUUUGCAGGGCGGCUUCCUGCUUGUUCUCCAAGGGUGAGUACUGCUGGACCAGACUCAAGGUGCGGCUGCACAAGUCUGAGCUGGAGGGUUAGGACGUCAGGGCAGGACUGGAGCACACGUGUCCUGAGGCCUGGGUAAGACCAGCCUCCCGUCGGUGCUCAGCCAAGACCUUCAUCUCCCUCAGAUGAACACUCCUCGGUUAACCCUCUUCGUGUGGCCAACAUGGACAAACCGAGACAUGGAGGAGCCACGCGCCGGGGAGCGGAGGCAUUUUCCACAAAUCUCCAUCUGGUGUACUUGGGUGUGACUUCUGUGCCCCUGGCUACCAAGAAAGCAGCAUCCUAGAUCCUGUAAAGUGCUUGCAGAAGCCCUGGCUGAGAAUGAUGAAUGUUGUUCUGUGGUUACAGGGGGUCUCUUCAGGGCACUGUUUGUUUUCCCUCUCAGUUUUCUGCAUUUCGAAGAUGACCUGCCCAGUGGCUCAGAGAGAAGCCCAACCCACGAGAGCAUUGACUAGUGAUUGGCUGACUGGUUGGUUGACUGAUUGGACAUGACCCUGAGGGGGCACUGGCCUACAGAUGAGCUUCCUGUUCCCUGGACUGUCGGACCCCUGCUGGCACCUCCCCCCACCCCCGCCAAGAGCUGCACCUGGGGAGAGGAACCCCACUGCCACUGUCUGUCCUCACCCCUCAAAAUAGAAUUGUGUUUCCUGGUACUCGGCUGGGGGCAUGAAGCACAGACCAGCAUGGCUGGGAGAAGGGACACUGGAAAAGAAAGCUCAAUGUUAUAGGGGAAACUGGGGUACACGUGUCUGCACUGACGGCACCUAGAAGGUGUGUUCGUGGGGGUGGGGCUGCACUCUGAGACAAAAGAAAGGGUUGGGGUGAAAGUGUUAUGAGGGAGCAUGGAGGAUGAAUGGGGGUCUGUUUCUUACUUGUUCCCCAACCCUUUCUGCUCUAAGGAGGGACGGGGCGGCCAUUAUCAAAUGUGAUAUAAGAAGAAGAGUUUGUGACUCAGAAGUAACUGUCAGUGUAAUGUAGGCUGUGUCUCUUUGACUCUGAAUUCUACAAUUCUCUGAUCCCCACAUCGCCUUUAGAGAAAAAAAAGGAAGAAGAGUCUCUGUGGUCGGUCUUGGGAGAGAAGAGAAAAUAGCCUGAGAGAAGCAGGGAGAGUCCAGCAUGAGUGAGGAGGUCUCGCAGCCGCUGACAAUGAAAGCACAGGAAGGAAAAGGUGGCAAAGACCUUUCAAACGACUAAAGAAACAGCGUGAGAGGCACACAGGGAGGGAAAGAGAGCAAGAGGUUAAGUGGGACAGGUGAGAAAGACGCUGGAGUCAGUGGGCAGAAAAGGUGCAGGGAGGAAAGGCAGGUGGGAAGAGGAAUUAAAGCAGAGAAAUGACCACCAUGGAAGGCAGGGGGCAGUCACCACAGGAAUGAAGGUAAGAGAACAAAAGCAAAGGGGACUGAGUAAGCUAUUUUGGUGCUAGGUAAUGUGAACAUGUUACAGUAAAUAAAAGCCAAAAGUAAUGUUUGAUUUUACAGUAUUUACAAACCAUAUGCUUUAAACAGCCCACAGACUUCAUCCAUUUGUCUGAUUAUGUGGGAGGACCAGCCCAGUGAAGAUAGAACAAAAUGAUUAGGUUCUGGCCUGGAUUUCGUGCCUUGAAGCUCUUCUCAAGAAAGCAGUAAUAAAACAAGGGCCCUUGUUUUGCCAGGCUGUGCCUGGUGUCUGUCACGCACCCCUCAGGUGGGCGUAGGGGUCACUGGCCUACAGAGCCUGACCACGCAGUGUGGGCAGAGCUUUCAGAGCCCCUGGAACUGGACCUUCUGUUCCCCCGGAGGCCAUUGUGGGAGUAUUUUUAAUUGAGGUGCAAAAACAGCCUCAUCAUGCAGUUAUAUUCAGAAGGAAGAAAGAGUGUCUCUAACCACCCAGAGAAAAGGACCCUUAGAGACCAAGCUAAGAGAACAAGGACCAAACAGCACGCUGUGGGGAGGGGACACUGACUCUCCUUGGCUCUGGUGCUGCCUGGGGGUGUCCCUGGGGAGUGCUUUCCACCUGACAGCCUUUCAGCCCCAGGAGUGUGUCCACCCAGGUUGUAUGGCCUCUGACCAGCCAUACAACCAGGAAACAGCAUGUUGUCUCUGAAAUGGGCUGCAACGCCCUGUGUGACUUGGGAUCAGGGAACUUCCAGAGAAAAUCCAGUUCCUGUUGGACCAGUUAGUUUCCCCAACCACUUGCUGAGGCUCGCUUCAUUUCAAAUACCUGGCACCUGCGACUGCUCACCCACUUUUAGAUGGCCCUAGGGUGCUUCUCAAAAUAAACGUUCCUCUGAAUAGCCUGGAGAGUGCGUUACAAUGCAGGUCCUGAUGCAAUCCUGCAUUUCUACCAAGUCCUGAAUUUAUGUUGCUGGGUCCACCCACCACUCUUUGAGAAGCAAGGGCAACGAACUUGGCAGUGAGCUAAGCAGCUGCAAAAAUAGAACUGGGUCCCUUUUAAGAGAUUUUCAGGCAUCUUUCUUUGUUGCUAACAAAUAAGUCACUUGGGCUGUGAGACAGACAGACAUGAUUCAGAACUGUCAUUAUGACAUCAUUCGUGUUUGGCAGCCCAGGUGACUUAGCAGUUUAGCAUCUUCAUCUCCAUCAAGAAUCAAGAAACGUGAGGGAGAGAGGCAUUCAGAUGAAAUACAAACAGGGAUUUCCCAAUAGCAAUUAUUUUAAACAUGAGCGGAGAUUACUGAAGAAGUUGUGAAGGCUUUCUCAAGAAAUCCUUAAACAUAAAAUUGAUUCCUAGCAGUGGCGGUCCUGCUGGGACACAGGGCAAUAGCCCAUGUGACAUCGUUAGACCACAGCAAAACAGGCCAUAUGGGGGACAUAUUGGCAUGGUCAAAAUAUUUGCCGUUUGUCUUAUCUAAACUCAACACUUUAAUCUAUCUAUCUAUCUAUCUAUCUAUCUAUCUAUCUAUCUAUCUAUCUAUCUACCUACCUAUCUA